CCGCACAGGGCCCAAAAAAAAGUUAGUAUUAGACCAAGCCUAUUAGUUUUAGUCCACAUCUCAUUCCCCAAAAUCCCCUGCUCCACGACAACAACCCUCGGGCCUCAGCUAUUCCCCUGCGCAGCAACCCACGCCCAAGGGCCAAGGCGAUUCUGCCGAUUCAGACUUCCGCAGCUCCGCCGCCUCCGCGUCUCCAGUCGAACCGCACACUGCACACCGCACGCCUGCACGCCGCCGCCUGCAGUCAACCAGCCGCCCGCCUCCCUCACUCCCUCAGACCCUCAAGCUCCCUGCUCGGUUGCUCCCGCCUGGCCGCCUCUGGGCCUCCCUCAGUCCAGUCGUCCAGUGGACUUCCGAUUGAUAUAAGAAGCUGCACAGCAAAAACAGAUUGGUAAAGGAAUGUGUUCGCAGUAAAUGAACUCAUUUUUUCCAUCAAUCAUUGAUUGCCAUGAAACUACUUGCAUCGUUUACAUGCUCCAGCAGGGCACUUCGUGUUGGAAUAAAAGGACAUUUGCAAUCACGUUCAUUCCAACCUGAUUUUGCCCCAAGAGAUCCAAAUGUGAAACCUAUAAAAUACAAAUACCCUACAGUCUAUGAUCCAUACGGGACUAGACCCCCACCGUCUGAUAAGAUUAUGCAACUUGUAGAACGCAUUGCUUCCCUAACACCCGAUGAGCGCAAACAAAUUGGGCCCACGCUCAGAGAGAGACUGAAGCUUCCUGUGCUGAAAGCCAUUUCAUCAGAAGAAGGCAUUAGUGGUGGGGCUGGAGUGGGACAAGGUGGGCCUGCGAAGGCGGAAGAGAAGAAGGUGGAGAAGACGGCAUUUGAUGUGAAGCUAGAGAAGUUUGAUGCGGCUGCAAAAAUCAAGGUGAUCAAAGAGGUGCGUUCAUUCACCAGUUUGGGGUUGAAGGAAGCUAAGGAGCUGGUGGAAAAGGUGCCUGCCAUACUUAAGCAAGGAGUCACCAAAGAGGAGGCAAAUGACAUAAUCGAAAAGAUCAAAGCUGCUGGAGGAAUUGCAGUUAUGGAAUGAUUAGUAAUAGCAAGUAGUCUCUCCUGAUACGGCUUUACGCAUAUGUCAGGUCAUUAUUAUGUAGCCCAGACAGAAUGAGCUCGUCUUUUCAUGAAAUUCUACUGCCUUCUGCAAUUUCCAGAGAAUUAAAGAACAAUAUUUAGGUUCACUCAGCCUAAGCCAUUUCUUCCUAAUAUAUAUAGAUAGAUGGUCAGAUCAGGGGCGAAGGCCAGGUCACCGGCAUGCCCCCUACCUCCGCCCCUGGUGAGAUGGUUCUUAUUUAGGUUGUUCUUGGGGGGUAUUGAUUAAAAGAGAAUCAGACAAUUCCCUUUGAAAUUUAAAACUGUUGUGGUACCUUUUAUUUCUAAUAUAAUGGAUAAUUUACCCAUUGGGUGUUUUAUAACAUGCUUAAAUUCACGAGGUGCAAUUGGUGCAACACUGAUAAUGGAGCCUGUUUCAAUGCCAGAGGCAAAUAAGGCCAUGCUCCUAGAUGUUCCUAACACAACUACAAAUCUACAAGUAGUUGAAACAGACUUUCCUGAUGACAAAUACAUAAGAGCUGAGGGGUAGUUCAUAUUUAGAACAGGUAUAAAUCAUCUUUGUCUGAUUAGAAGACAAGUAAUUCCAAUGCUUUCAAGUGGAUUCAAUACUGAAGGAGUAAUUGGUUUAUUAUUACUGGCUUAUAAUUUACGCGUGCCCCGAACUAAUGGAGAAGAAUUUGUAGUUGAGGAGUUGGAUCCACGUAUUUCGGCCAUAGAUGUGGAUGGAGAAACUGUCAUUAGUGUUCAAUACUCAGGAGCAGAGACAGAAAUUUGCUGUAGAGAAUCAGGAAAUCCGAUCAAUGAUGCAAUCUUUUACUGUUAUUUAGCUGCGAGUAUGUUGAGACUGUUCACUAGAUCUCUUGAAAAUUACAUUGGUGCUUGGACUAAUAGCAUUGCAAGAUUUUCAGGAUUUUAUGGAUUUACUCCACCUGUGCACGAUGCACCCAUUGGAUCCGACUCAGCUGGCUAUUUCUGGAUUGCAUUCUGCUUUUUUUUUCCGGUUAAUCGAAUGAGAAUGACUCAAUAUAAGAUCUUAUAUAGUACUGGACCUAAUCCUAAGUGUGAUGGAUUAACACGAUUCCUUUAUGAGAUUCACUUGGCUUAUACAGGUCUUCAUGCUGUUGGGAUCUUUGCACAGCUAUGUGUUGUUUCCUUGGAUGUAGAAAGUGAGUUAAUGCUGCAAGUUUUGUCCACUCGGGAGUUUUCUAGACAAAUUGGAGCUUUAUCUGAAUUUGUGAAAAUGAUGACUAAUGGUGAAAAUGGGUAUAACAGGAAAAUGUGGAAAUAUGGAAGGAUUUUUAAUGCAAAUUUUAUGUCUACUUUACAGACAAAAUCUUGUACAAAAUUUGUUUACAUCCUAGCCAUGCGCCCAUGCUUAAGAUGGAAGACCCUGCCAAGUGUAGAAAUAUAUUGGAAAUUGUUCAAAUCAGAAACCAGCUGAGUGCUGAAGUUAUGAUGAAAUGUUCAGCUGUUGCACAAAAGUUGUUAAGCAAGGUAAAAGCUGAUGGUAAUUAAGGACCUCUGUUGACCUGAACGAAGCUUAUGAGCCUCUUGCUUUAUGAUCCUAGUUCUAUUCUUCUUUGGACUUCCUGUCAUAAUAAGGAAAAAAUGAAUCAUUUUACUUUUACCCCUAUGAAAUUCAAAGUUUUAUAUUAUCAUUAUUACUAGUUAGUUAAACUACAAUUUGUUGGUG